CUCUCCCUUCCUUUUUUGCCCCUCCUUCGUUCCACCCCUGUCCACCCCCCUCGUCUCUUCUCUCCGAUUUCUCCAGUUUGAAUACUCGAUUUGAUCCUUUUUCUCUUCUCCAAUCGCUUCAUUUCUUUUGAUUUUUUUGGAGUUUUUUUCGAUGAAUUUUUUUGUGGGUUUUUUUGGGGGUUUGGGAGCUCAGGUGAGAGAUCUGGAGCUCAAGGGAGGGUUGGGGGAUGGCUUGGGUUGGAGGAGUGUAGUGGAGGUGGUGAAUGGAGUUCGAUCUCGAUCGGUUUGAUGGUGUUUGGAGGGAUUGAAGUAGGUUUUAGUUGGGAGUUUGGGUAGUGGGGGGUUGAUGAGGAUUGGGAGCUGGGAGGAAGUAAAGAUCGCGGCUUCAAGAUGCACUUCGCCAGGCUUGAUGACUCCCCGAUGUUUCGGAAGCAGAUUCAGUCGCUUGAGGAAAGUGCAGAAACAUUGAGGGAGAGGUGUUUAAAAUUUUAUAAAGGCUCUCGCAAGUACACGGAACAACUUGGAGAGGGAUAUGAUGGGGAUAUUGCCUUUGCAAGCUCUCUUGAAAUGUUUGGUGGGGGGCACAAUGACCCCAUCAGUGUUGCUUUCGGCGGGCCUGUUAUGACCAAAUUCACAAUUGCCUUAAGAGAAAUUGGUACAUAUAAAGAAGUCCUACGCUCCCAGGUUGAGCACAUGCUGAAUGAUAGACUUCUGCAGUUUGUUGACAUAGAUCUGCAUGAUGUCAAGGAAGCGCGAAAAUGUUUUGAUAAGGCCAGCCUUGUCUAUGAUCAGGCUCGUGAGAAGUACUUAUCACUGAAGAAAAGCACAAAAGCAGAUAUUGCCAACGUCCUAGAGGAGGAGCUCUAUGCUGCAAGAUCUUCCUUUGAGCAAACACGUUUCAAUCUGGUCACUGCCAUUUCUAAUGUGGAGGCGAAAAAGAGAUUUGAAUUUCUGGAGGCUGUUAGUGGGACAAUGGAUGCUCAUCUCCGCUAUUUUAAACAAGGGUAUGAGCUUUUGCAUCAGAUGGAACCAUAUAUCCAACAGGUAUUAACUUAUGCACAACAAUCAAGGGAAAGGUCUAAUUGUGAACUGGCAGCUCUGACAGAGAGGAUGAAAGAAUUCAAACGGCAGAUAGAUCAAGAGAGUCGAUUGGCUUCAAAUGGUGCACAUUCUUCUCCUAAUGGAGAUGGUAUACAGGCAAUUGGAAGAAGUUCACACAAAAUGAUAGAAGCAGUGAUGCAGUCUGCUGCAAAGGGAAAGGUUCAAACCAUCCGUCAAGGUUAUCUUUCAAAGCGUUCCUCAAAUUUGAGAGGUGACUGGAAGAGAAGGUUUUUUGUCCUUGAUAGUCGUGGAAUGCUCUAUUACUAUCGCAGGCAAUGGACCAGGCCAUCUGGAAGUCAUAAUUCCAGUCAUAGGGGUCACAGUUCUGAUCAUGGUUCUGGAUUGCUAAGCCGGUGGUUCUCAUCUCAGCAUCAUGGUGGAGUACACGAUGAGAAGUCUGUCGCACGUCAUACUGUUAAUCUUUUGACAUCAACAAUUAAAGUUGAUGCAGAUCAGUCAGACUUGAGGUUCUGCUUCAGGAUAAUUUCACCAACAAAGAAUUACACGCUGCAGGCAGAAAGUGCUGCAGAUCAGAUGGAUUGGAUUGAGAAAAUAACAGGUGUUAUUGCUUCGUUAUUGAGCUCUCAGUCUCCUGAGCAGCGCCUUCUCACCAGUCCUGCUAGCAGUGACCAUCAGCAAGUUGCCAGUGAGAGUAGUUCUUUCAGUAGCUCUACUGAUUUUGAUCACGUCGCUGAAGAAUCGUCAUUGGAUCGACAUUUCAUUGCCGGGCAGUUAGAUCGAUCAACUAGAAGCUCACAACAGCAUAGGUUCAAUAUAAAACAUGAGAAACCAAUUGAUGUACUAAGGAGAGUACCUGGAAAUGACAUUUGUGCUGAUUGUGGUGCUUCUGAGCCUGAUUGGGCAUCGUUGAAUCUUGGAGUUCUUGUUUGCAUUGAGUGCUCUGGAGUUCAUCGCAAUCUUGGUGUGCAUAUAUCAAAAGUAAGGUCUUUAACACUUGAUGUCAAGGUAUGGGAACCUUCUGUAAUUAAUUUGUUCGAAUCAUUGGGUAAUACGUAUGCCAACUCCAUCUGGGAGGAACUGUUGCUCAUUGCAACUGAUGAAACAUGUGGAGAAACUGCUAGUUUCUGUAAGUUUGAGACUAAACAACAGCAUAUGUUUAUCAGUAAACCUAAGCAUGGGGAUCCUAUUUCAGUAAAAGAGAAGUUCAUUCAAAUGAAGUAUGCGGAGAAGGCAUUUGUUCGGAAACCAAAACCGGAGCAGAGUCCACUCCUCAUUGCCCAACAGAUGUGGGACAGUGUCCAAGCAAACAACAAGAAAGCAGUAUAUCAUCUCAUAGUAGCAUCAAAUGCUAAUGUGAAUGUUAUAUAUGGGCAGACAUCAUUCGUCUCGCCUUUGACUCUUGCAAAAGCAAUGCUUCUGCAAGAGCAACCAAGUGCACUGUUGGAUAACACUAGCUCCUUUCCAGGGGAUGAAUCCCAUUUGAAGAGUUCUGCUCCAAGUUCUCUGAAUUCACAGAGUGCUAAUGAGGACAGUAAUGAAUCCGGUGAAAUUAUUGAAGGUCUGACCCUGCUUCAUCUGGCAUGCCAAACUGCAGAUGUAGGCAUGGUAGAACUUCUAUUGCAGUAUGGUGGCAAUGUUAAUAUUACUGAUUUGAAAGGCAGGACACCGCUGCAACAUUCCAUUGCCAAAGGAAGACAUGUGAUUACCAAGCUCCUGCUUUCCAGAGGAGCUGAUCCUCAUGCUGUUGACAUGGAUGGCAAAACUCUGUUACAACACGCAAUAGAGUCCGGAACCAUCCAUGAUGAAGAGGUUCUUGUUCUGUUAGAGGAUACCAAUCUAUAAAGUGAUGAAAGGCGGACACUAAAGAAUCAAUUAUGGAGUUUUUACUGGAUAUUCUUUUCUUCAAGCAGCUAAUGGCUCUUUGCCCAUUAGACUAUCAACCAAUCAAGCUUGUUAUGUUUAGACAGUUAUCAUAUUGCAAGCUUUGAUCUGAGCUGUUUAUAGGUAUAGGUGUUUAUUUAAUCUAAUUGUCUUUCCUUGGUUUUGAGUUGUAUGUCUAUUGUUUGAGUUGUGUGCAUUAUUAUUUUUAUCAGGUAUUAUAUAUUUUAUUAGCGUA